AUGAACAAUAACGACGACCUCGAGAGCCAGCACUCAAUGGAAAGCAAUCGGAGUGUGGACAUGACUUCCACUGUCCCGCUUGGCACCCCGAUUCUCAGCGCCCCAUUCGAAGAGCGUCCAAGAACCCUCUCGAAUGGGAGAUCACAGCAGCGAUUCAGCCUGAGCCAUGCCUCCGACGUGGGCCCAAAGAAACCGGGCAUGGAGCUCUGUUCGCCACCCCCAGACCGGGUCUGGAACGACAAGGCCAAGCCCCUGCUCAAGUCCGAGAACCGAGGCAGCACCAGCUCGAUGCCCGCUGGGAAGCGAGCACACCGAGCCUCGACACCGGAAAACCUCUACCGCGAGCAUCCCAUCGCUAUUUUGAUCAAGAGGACAAAGGCCAGUAUCAUGGACUCGGCGGUCUUCAAGAAAACGAUCCUGUUUCUAUCGGACGAAGUGACUCGCGUGAUAUUUUGGCUGGCCAUCGCCGUGGUCGCCCAUGCCUUGGUUACUGGUGUGUUCAUUGUCGCCCUGUACACCGUCAUGCCCGGCAUCUGGGUCUACAACUUUCUCCAGCUGUUUGUGAUUGCCUGUGCCCUGCUCGCCCACCACGCCGGUACCCGCAUCUCGGACAUUGUUCGCCUGUCGAUCACUGCAAGUGAACUUGUCCGCGGCAAAAUCACGCUCGCCGAAACGGCCGACUUUUGGGUCAAGGGAAAGAAGAGCCCUGGCUACAGCAUCAUCCAGAUCAGCAACUUUAUCGAGGUUGUCUCGGAGCUGAUCCUGAUUGGAUGCAGUAUCUCGUUCGUGUGGGACGCCACCGAGACCUUCCUGCUCCAGGGAACAUGCAAUCCGCCAAACUAUGUCGGCUCGGUCCUGUCGCCCAACAUUGCCAUCCAGCAGUUCAUCCAGGGCGACGCCGACUUUGCGACCGUGUACAACUACGGACUGCCGCUGUCGGACGGAAUGAUCGGCGCCUGGGCCGGCUGGCCGAUGAACAACCCAAUGAACGCAUUCAUGAUCGAAGGCGAGGGACCAGUCUACAUCAUCCAGGCCCAGUGCAACAACGGCAUUGUCCAGCCAUCGGUCGACACCCAAGGCGCCUCCAUGAUCUCGAGCACCGUUCUCUCGUCAGACAGCCGCGGGUUCAUGCUCGAGAUGCUCAUCACGAUGCCGCCAGGCAGCGUCUUUGACGACAUUGCCCAGACCGUCGUCAACUCGACCUACCAACAAGAAUGCUCCGUCUUUGUCCAGGUUGGGGUUGGGGCGAUCCAGUACAGCUUUGUGUCGGACCAGUGGUCGAUGGUGACGGGCGGCCGGCUGGUGGCAGUAUCGAAUCCCUCGGGCUCGUUCUCGGUGGCCUAUCCGACAUCGAUUUCGACCUUUUCGCAGACAGCCCAGUUGGCCUUCCGCGAGACCACCGACACCUAUGGAGUUCUGCCGCUGAUCCAGCAGAGCGUGCUCCAGUCCAUCCUCAACGCCAGCUACUACCCAUCCCAAGGCGCCACCUUCUGCAACUACCUCUCGUGGGCAACCUAUCCCGACGGAUACUACCACACCGAGGCCAUGUAUCGGGGCGUGACAGCUGGGAUCGGGUCGUCGGCGCACUAUGCCAUCAUGCAGUACAAUCCGUCGCUGACGGUCGACUGUAACUACUACGGGUUUGCCGGAGCCGGAAUGCUCUCGAUUCCACCGCUCCCGAUCAUCAUCGCAGCGAUCGGCUCGGCAACAGCGAUCUUGAGCAAGAUUGCCGAGAUCAUCUACUGGGCGACGAUGCGGGCGACCAAGAAGACGCCUGGAUUCAUUGAGGCUCGCCGAGCGCUCCAGCACCCGAUGCGCUUUGCUCUCGAUACCGCUCACACGCUCUCCAAAAUCCAAAGCAGCGGCUCGGACGACUACUGCAACGCCACGACGCGCCGAUCGAUUCGGGCGAUCGGGAAGAGGGCUCUACGGUAUGGCGAGGACAUCAAUACGUGCGAGAACGAGGUCGGGCACCUCCAGAUCGGUGAGGCCGGGUUCAUCUCGAUGGUCAAGGAGGAGAAGAUGUACGGCAGCUUCACGCCAACGCAGCAUGUCGAGUGGGACAACUUUACGCAAAACAACUGA